AUGGUCUACAACCGUCCUGGUAUUGCCUCCAUGUCCCUGGGCCGGCCCUGGGUACACGACCUUCCUGGCAAACUCAUGCAAGCUGCCGCCCAUGGCUUUGAGGGCAUCGAACUGUUCUUCGACGACUUGGACUGCUAUGCCCAGCGGGUCUUUGGUGGCGAUCACUUGGAAGCCGCACGCUCCACCCGCCGCAUGUGUGACCGUCUCGGCAUGACCAUCAUCUGCCUGCAACCCUUCUCCAUGUAUGAAGGUCUCAUCGACCGCACCGAGUCAGACAGACUAGUCAACGAGAAACUUCCCAAGUGGUUCACCCUGGCGCGGGCGCUGGGCACCGACAUGAUCCAGGUCCCAUCAAACUUCCUCGGUCCAGACCCCGAAACGGGUGUUGCUCGCACCACUGGAGACCACGCAGUCAUUGUGCGUGACCUCCAGCGUUUGGCGGAUUUGGGUGCCGGCGCUGGCUUCCGUUUUGUCUAUGAGGCCCUCUGCUGGGGUGAUCAUGUCAAUACUUGGGAGGCCUCGUGGGAUGUUGUCCGGGAUGUUAACCGUCCUAACUUUGGUCUGUGUCUGGACUCCUUUAACAUUGCUGGGCGGGUCUAUGCCGACCCGGCCUCGCCUACGGGAUGCACGGCCAAUGCGGCGGCGGAUCUGGCGGCCUCGCUGCAGCGUUUGCGGACGGCGAACAUUGACCCGGCGAAGAUCUUCUAUGUUCAGCUGGUCGAUGGAGAGCGUCUUUCUGCCCCUCUGGAUGAUAAGCACCCCUUCCACGUUGCUGGCCAGCCCACCCGCAUGAACUGGUCUCGCAAUGCCCGUCUCUUCCCCUUCGAAGAGUCCCGCGGUGGAUACCUGCCUAUUCUCGACGUGGCUCGUGUCUUCUUUGAGGAUCUUGGCUUCCGCGGUUGGGUUUCUCUCGAACUGUUCAGUCGCACCCUGGGUGAAACUGAUCCUUUUGUCCCUGCCGACCAUGCUCGCCGUGGCAUUGACUCAUAUAACAAGAUGGCCCACGUCCUGGGCUGGGAGGAGCCCACCGAGAAGAUCUCUGCGUGCAUCCCUGCGCCUGAAUCGCCUGUCCAACACCGUCUCUAA